AUGAUAAAGCUGCCACCUCUUGACACGGGACUGCUGCCUCUUCAAAAGCUUCGAGAAGAGAAUGAAAGUGCUUUGACUAAUUUACUGGACCAUUUGGGUACCGAUCAAUUGUCGCUAGUACUGACGAAGCGGCUGGCAUCGCUCUUAACACAUGUGUUUGUCAACGGCCUUGGUGUGUUGAACUGCCAUCACGUGGUCGAGUGUUUAGAGCUUGUGGACGACAAUGUCAUGAACGACACAUCAGUAGUGUAUCUGGCAUUUGCUCACACACAAGAAGCUCGAGCGGUCUUUAUUCAUGCUCAGAAGCUGGUGAGAGGGGAAGACAAACAACGGAAGCGACGAUUGAUACUUUAUGUAGUGGGCAAGUGGACAUCAAUGCUGGACCAAAUACUGGACGAAAGUCAACUUCGAGAUCGAUUCGAGACUGGCGAAUUGGCAAUGAGCUUCUUUCCUUUGGAUACGGACAUACUCACGCUAGGAUUACCCCGAACUUUGUACGAGUGCGAGGUAGAAGGGAAUCAGAGCUCGUUGGUGGACAUGGCAGCUGCAUUAAACGUUUUACAGCAAGUAUAUGGAAAUUUUCAAUACAUUAAGUACAAAGGUAAGUUGGCGAUGCUGGUGUGCAAUCAGAUGAUGGAGAUGAAUGCACGUGGGUCGGGCAGGAUGAAUAAUGCAAAUAAUACGAAGAAGGAAUCUUCUACUACAGCCACAAGAUCACGACUUGACACGUUAAUUUUACUUGAUCGAAGUGUUGACUAUGCGUCUAUCUUUUCCACACCGCUGACAUACGAGGGUGUACUAGAUGAGAUCAUGGACAUUCAAGAUGGAUUUGUCAUGGUACCCCCAGAUAUUUUACGGGCAGAUAACAACCAUAAUGAUGCAUCUGUCCCUUUGGCUAUGAACUCGACAGAUGAAACUUUUCAACAAAUUCGAGACAAGCAUAUCCAUACUGUUCCAGCGGCGUUAAACACUCAAGCUAUGGCUAUAAAGGGACGAUUUAAUGAGUUUCAGCGUGUGAGUAUCACCGCCACGUCAGCAGAAGUGAACGAAUUUGUCAAAACAGUGCCUAAGAUGAAAACGUCACAGCAAGCUAUAGAACAACAUCUUAAUCUGCUAGAGUGUUUAAAGAAAACAACAUCAAGCAAAGCAUUUCGCGAUCAGUGGCAUCUGGAAAGGAAAAUUAUGGACCAAGCAGAUGGCGCACUAGAGAUGAUAGAAGACCUCAUUUAUCGAUACGAGGAUUCUCGAGAGGUGCUUCGACUUCUGUGUUUGUAUUGUGUGGUUAAUGACGGCAUGAUGCGGCAUGAUCUAGAGCAUUAUAAGAUGACCAUUGUGAAAACUUAUGGAUAUGAGUUAUUUUUUUUGUUUAGUAACCUUGAACGCCUUGGAAUACUUUACGAGCGCCGUGCUGGAUUUUUUGGUUUUAGUGACACAACUAGCUCCUUUCAUUCCGUUGCCAACUCUUUAUCUGUAAUCGACGUUGAUGUCAAUAUUUAUAAUCCAGAGAACACAGCUUUCGUGACUUCAGGCUACGGGUCUAUAUCUGCUCGACUUGUAGAAGAGAUUCUAAAACAUGGCGAUUGGAGACGAAUUGAUCAUGUCAUGCGUCGUCUACCUGGACCGCGAGCUGAAUUACGACUAAACGAGAAGGAUAGCACCGAGUCGAGAAAACAAAAAAUUAAGAAAAAGACCGUUAUCGUAGUGGCUUUUGUCGGUGGCGUCACAUUUCUCGAAAUUGCUGCAUUACGGUGGAUGGCGUCUUUUUGUAAGACAGUAGUGAUUAUAUUUGAGUCUGAUUUUAUCAACUAA